UCAGUUUGUACCAGCAGAACAUUCUCUUUAAUCCAAAGCGGCUUUGUUUCUGAACCUAUCACAAAGAUUCUAUCCCUUCCGUGGUUAAUUCAUGGUCUUCAUUGCAGACCUUGAAUAGGCAAUCCCAAUAAACAGGUGAAACUCGUUUUCACAUACCUAUUCUAUAUACAUAGAACAUCUAUUCAGCAUAUUUCGUUCGAUCAAUUCCGGCAUCUGCAGAUAUUAUUUGGCCUUUCGUUUUUAUAUUUCACUUGAACUUGAAAAAUCAAAGACAGCAAUAAUAGUCAUGAGUUCUUUACAUCUUUCAGAAGGUUCAGAAAAACCAGAUUUGGUGGAAGGGAAACCAUAUCUCUUCAGUAUGAAAUUUUGCCCAUUUGCUCAUCGAGCUCGACUUGCACUUUCAUACAAGCAAAUUCCACACGAGAUAAUCAACAUCAAUUUGAAGAACAAACCAAAAUGGUACCUUGAUAUCCAUCCCGAGGGAAAAGUUCCAGCUUUUAUUGGUCCAGAUGGCAAAGUAGUGGUUGAAUCAGAUGUCAUUGUCAAUACUUUAGACGAAAUGUAUCCGGACCCUCCGCUGUACAACGAAGAAACCAAAAGUCGAGACUUGGAAUUGGUAAAAAAUUUUGGAAAGAUUAUUAACAUAUUUUCCGACUGUAUCCACGGAAGAGACAGUAGACCUCUUGAUGAAGUCGUCGCUGAAAUAUCGAAGCACUUAGAACAAUUCGAGGAGGAACUAGAGACUCGAGGAACAGAUUUCUUCGGAGGUGAUACUCCCGGCAUCGUUGACAUUAUGAUCUGGCCCUGGGUUGAACGAUCAAAGGCACUCCCGCUAAUCUACAAACAACCACUAAGUUUCGAAAAAGAAAAGUUCCCUCUCAUAAUAAAGUGGGUUAUGAAUAUGAAAGCUCAAGACUUCGUAAUUGAAAAUGCAGGACCAAUUGAAAAAUUCGCCAAAUUGAUUCUGUCCAUGAAAGAGGGAAACGUCGACUUUGAUUCCAUCUAAUUAAUUUUCUUUUUCGCUCGAAACAUAUUCCAAAAAAAAUGUGAUAAACAAAACCAAUAAGUAACAAUAAGAAUAGAGUUGCACAUAGUGCAGAACCAUUUGCUUACAGAUCUUCCUAAAAAAAAGCACAGAAUACUUCUCGCAAAUAUUCUAAACAUAUCGAGUUUAUUACGAGAAUUACAAUAAUGAUAAAGUCGCUGAAUACUUCAACCGCGUAAGAUACAAAAAUGCGUACCUACACUUUGUACAAUUCGACAAUACAAAAGAUUUCCUCUCUCUGUAAUCUCUGCCUCUCAACAGGAAUAUAUCAAUAUAAACAUCAUCGUCAUUCAUUCAAAAAUCGUAGGAUACUCUCCAGCGUUAAGGACGAGUUACAAUUAAAAUUAAUAUUUAUAUUAAAAUUACAAUUCGAAUUAGGAUUCCGCUUUAAAUUAUGUCGUUGGGAACGAAUCUUGUGCUUGUCCAUCGGCUUGAUCUCAAGAAUUGUUGAUUUCUUCUAUAUUCAAGUGCGUGAUGAAACGAAGUCGCAUUUGAAGAGCUGGCCUCAAUUUUCGAAUAAUAGAUUCAACGUCAGUCUUCAUUGUGUCGCCGACAAACAUGUAUUUUAUGUGAUAACUGAUAUAUUAAUGAUGUAUGGAAAUCGCGUCAAUAAAUGAUUGUGCCUAAAA